GGACGCGCCCGGACGUUGGCUCAGGCAAAGCUGCAGCUCAAGAAAACAGCCCCGGCCUUGGAGGCGGUGGAGGACCCCGGAGGGUGAUCGGGGAGUCUCUGCUUUUCCAGGCAUGAAGGACAUAGUGUUGGGGUCCAUGCGGACACCCCACACCCCCAAACUGCCUCGUUGCUCCAACCUCCCCACGGGGUGCUGCCCCCUUCUCUGCAGUAUUGUCCUGGAGCCUCCAGGAGUUAAAGAUUAUGUCCUGCUGAAACCUCUAGUAAUAAUCGGUCCUACCAGAAUUGGCAGCCUUACCCCGCUUUCCCAUCUCCCCUUCCCACAUGGUCUUGGCCCCUUCAUUUCUGCAACUGCAAACUCUUUAAGGUACCGUUUGCAGGAAAGCCCAGCGGUCCCAGGCUUUCUCACAGCCAGAAAGGGGCAACACCUCCCUUGGAGAUGGCUGCACACUCCUUUUCAUUGCUCAAGACAAGGAGUCUGGAGCCCCUGGUGCAGGAGGAGCAGCAAGUGACCUGUACUCCCCGCAUCUCCAGCAGGAACUGGUGCACACACCCAGGGCAAGGGUGGGCCCCCAUCGCUGGGGACAAAGCCCUGGAGAACAGGCAGGCUUGGCCUGGGUGGAAGCUGGAAGGGGUGGUGGGUGGGGCUUGCUGAUAUGGCUUGAGGAGGAAAGGAACAGGACAGCAUGACACAGACCCCAGAGAUGAAGAUGCUGUAGCCGCAGACAGGCUUGGGAGCCAGCAUCAGCACCGUGGCAGGCAGAGUGCCACGGGAGAGGGAACUAGGAGCUGGGAGGGAGGAGCGUCCAGAGGGAGAUCUUAGGGGAUGCCAGGCUCAAGGAGGGAGCUCGGGCUGAGCAGUGUGGUUGUUUCUGAGGCCUAGGCCACACCUCAAAAUAGAUGGACCCAGCCACAUGGCUCAGGGCUGUGAACAAGUGUGUGCACUGUGUGACGUAGUUAGGCCCACCUGACCCCACAGAGGUGCAGCUAGGCCUACGGGAAGGAUCCUCUGUCAACCUGGCUGGUAGAGGUAGGUUAACUACAUUGACAGAAGAACCCCUUCAGGCAAUGUACAAAGCACCCACACUGCUGCAGUGACACAGCUGUAGUGGAGGCAUCAGCUGCGUUACCUAUAAAGCCAAGCCCCAGGCCAGAAGGAUGCUCAGACCCUGUCAACCAGGGGCUAGCACAGGAACAAGGGGGAGCGGUUUGUACCUCCCCUGCUCAGGGGCCGUGGGCAGACUUCAGAAGUCCUCAGCUUGCAUCCCUGCAUCAGUGGUCCCAAUAAAACUUUGCUGGGAUGGAGACUCAGGCAUCAGAGAGCAGGGCCACAGGCUGAGCUGCCAGGUGCCCUGAGGCCUUCCUGGUAAGGAUACUGCAUGAGCUGUGGGAUUAGCUCUGAUAAAUCCAAAUACCUGGAAAAGGGACCUAACAGCGCAGAGCACAACAGCCCAGACAGGGCAGCGGUUCAUGUUCCACCAGCUCAACUCGUCUCACCCGCAGCCAAAGUGCUUACACAGUCCUAACCGGGAGGGGAAUUGGAUUGGCAAAUGAAAGCUAGCUGUGCUCUGGCCUCCUCGCUGUCUGAUGGCCCAGAUCUCCUGGGCCCCUGGCCUGUGAUUCCCAUUAAUGCAUGACAUUCAAAGGCAGCCCACUGUGUUCCCCAAUUCCAUCCCUCCUACACACACUGCCAAGAGCAGCGCCUCCUGCUGGCUGCAGCGAAGUGACAUCUCUGGAACUGCGGACAGGAGCUAGAUGCAGUGAGGGAUCAGGGCAGGUCACUGGGUGGGAGUUUAGGCCACUUAUGGCAAAACUAGUUGCCUAAGCUCACGUUAUAAUUAAACUGAAACAAAUUCCAGUCAGGCACCACAGUCAGAGUGGUCUGCUUCUCUGAGGGGUCACAUGGGGGUCAGUGGCAGAUGUGGGGGUGAGGCUUGGUACCCUGCAGAACCCAGCUCCAGGAUCUGAAAAUUCGUGCUCUGGAGACCUUGCAGGGCAAUUCGUACAAAUUGCAGCCAUCUAUUGUGGAGGUACCAGCUGCUGUUUUUUCCUGCUCACUUCUUAUGGAACAUGGUGCCUGACUAACAAAUUGCCUUGCAUGUAGCUGCAGCCUACCUAAUGCCCCUCUUCAAGCAAACUCUGAAUGAUAGUAACAAGUGCCCAGCCUGGCCAGCGUGGAGAUGCUGCCUGAGAACAGGGCUUCAGCCCAACUCCAGGAGCACCGAGCUCAUCCCUGCACAGGGUCAAUUCACAGCAGUGUCCAGAGCUCAGAAUAGCCAGCAAGGCUGACAGUGCUGUGGGCAGUGUGCGCUGACACGUGCUCCAGUGGGGUGGGCUGGGUCCUCUCAUCUAGGUUGACAGCAGGAAAAUCCUGCACAUCUACCACGAGAACCUGUGUUCAAAUUUUCAGUGUAUAAUGCAGCCACAGGGCAGUGGCUACCAAUGUGUCCCAGGAACACCGAGUCCCUGUCAGAGACACCUCUCAUUCAGCAUCUCCUGGGAGAGGGCCUUGCAGAGUGGUCUUGGCCAAAUGAGUCCCAGUUCCCUCACUGCAAACACCCUUGGGAUGCCAGCCUAAGGGACGCAGACCCCAAAACACAAAUGAUGUCAUACAGCAGAGGCAACACCAUUAAUUGCCUCUGGAAACUAAUUGGAAGCCCUGGUGUAGUGUGCUCCCUUUGUGGAGCCCUGCUAGGCAAGAAGGCAGCUACAUCCUGUAUCUGCUGAAAGUUAUGAGUGGCCUUUGGGUGUAGUGCAGGGGUGGGCAAACUAUAGUCCAUGGGCCGGAUGUGGCCCACCAGACAUUUUAAGCUGGCUGUUGAGCUCCUGCUGGGGAGUGGAGUCUGGGGCUUGCUCCGCUCCACACAACUCCCAGAAGCCGCAGCAUGGCCCACUCUGGCUCCUAUAGGCUCCAAUGGCCCCCUCCGGCACGCCAAUGGGAGCUGCAGGGACAGUGUCUGUGGACAGGCAGUUUGCAGAACCAUCUGGCUGUGCCUCAGCAUAGGAACUGGAGAAGAGACACGCUGCUACUUCCAGGAGCUGCUUGAGGCGCCCAAAAAGAAAGGUGGCAAAAAAGCCAAGGGGGGCAAAGCUGCAGCGGUGGUGGAUGCUGUCCCCCCAGAGGACAUGAGCAAGGAUCAGCUGGAGGAGCACAUUGUGCGUCUCCGGGAGGAGCUGGACCGCGAACGGGAGGAGCGCAACUACUUCCAGCUGGAGCGUGACAAGAUCCACACCUUCUGGGAGAUCACCCGUCGGCAGCUGGAUGAGAAGAAGGCGGAGCUGCGCAACAAGGACCGUGAAAUGGAGGAGGCCGAGGAACGGCAUCAAGUGGAGAUUAAAGUUUACAAGCAGAAGGUGAAGCACCUGUUGUACGAGCACCAGAACAACAUCACAGAACUGAAGGCAGAGGGCACUGUGUCCAUGAAGCUGGCCCAGAAGGAGCACCGCACCCAGGAGACGGAGCUGCGCAAGGAUAUGCGCACCUUGAAAGUGGAGCUAAAGGAGCAGGAGCUGGCCAAUGAGGUGGUGGUGAAAAACCUGCGCAUGAAACAAGAGGAAGAGAUCACACGGCUGCGCAGCGACUUUGAGAGACAAGUGAAAGAGAUUGAGGCCAAGUACGACAAGAAGAUGCGCGUGCUGCGGGACGAGCUGGAUCUGCGGAGGAAAACGGAGAUCCAUGAGAUCGAGGAGAGGAAAAACGGACAGAUCAACACGCUGAUGAAGAACCACGAGAAGGCCUUCAGUGACAUCAAGAACUACUACAACGACGUCACCCUCAACAACCUGGCACUCAUCAACACUCUCAAGGAGCAGAUGGAGGAGAUGAAGAAGAAGGAGGAUCACCUGGAGAAGGAGAUGGCGGAAGUGCUGCUUCAGAACAAGAGGCAAACAGAGCCCCUCCAGCGGGCCCGGGAGGAGGUGGCUGAGCUGCAGAAGAAGCUAGCCCACUACGAGAAGGACAAGGAGGCACUGGCUAACACAAAGGCCCGUUUGAAAGUCACCCAGAAGGAAUUAAAAGACCUUCAGUGGGAACAUGAAGUGCUCGAGCAGAGGUUCAGCAAGGUGCAGGCAGAACGAGACGAGCUCUAUCAGAAGUUCACCAAAGCUAUUAAUGAGGUGCAGCAGAAGACUGGAUUCAAGAACCUGCUGCUGGAGCGCAAGUUAAAGGCCCUCUCCAACAUACUGGAGAAGAAGGAGGUGCAGCUUAACGAAGUCCUCUCAGCCUCCAAUCUUGACCCCAGCGCCCUCACCAUGGUCACAAGCAAACUGGAGGACGUGCUGGAUUCCAAGAACAACACCAUCAAGGAUCUGCAGUACGAGCUGGCCCGAGUCUGCAAGGCACACAACGACUUGCUGCACACCUAUGAGGCCAAGCUCACAGCCUUCGGGAUCCCCCUGGACAACAUGGGCUUCAAACCACUGGAGACCACAGUGAUGGGACAGACGCUGGGGCAGGGCCCAGCCGGACUUGUUGCUACCCCAACCUAGCACUGCUGGGCGCAUGCUUGUCCAUCACCUCUUGGGUUACGCUAAAUAUUGUCAGCAGCCUCCCCACAUGCUCCCGUCCCAGCACCACAGGGAGGGGGCUGGGCUGUGGCUCUGCCUCAUUAAACAGACCCCAGAAAGGUUUUUAA